AAUAAAUAAAUAUUCGCAGACCGGAGAAGAUAAUCGGAGAUCGGAAACUAUGGCCGGACGAGACCGUUAUCUUCCAUCAUCGGCGGUGUCAACUUCAUCAUCAUCAAGACUAAUAGAAUCUCAGUUAAUCGAAUCCGAUCGAAAUCGAGCUCGAUCCUUAAUCCUCGAGGAUCGAAUCGCAAUCCAACACCGUGAAAUCCAAUCUCUUCACAACGACAACAAACGUCUAGCUGUGGCACACCUUGGGCUCAAAGACCAGCUCAAUUUGGCCAAGCGUGAGCUCGAACAUCUUCUCGAAACCGCUGCUAAAGUUAAAGCGGACGGAGAAGCUAAGGUCCGCGAGGUUUAUCAGAAUGCGUUGAGGAUGGAAGCGGAGGCUCGUGUGAUCGAUGGACUCGGAUUGGAGCUUGCUCGGGUUAGGUCGGAUGUACAGAGGUUAGCUACUGAUAGGCAAGAGUUAACUACAGAGCUUGCUAUGCUUGAUGGUGAGAUGGUUAAGGCUAAACCGAAUUCGGAUCGAGCCGUUGAGGUUAAGGCGGAGAUUGAGGUUCUACGAGGAGAGAUUAGUAAAGGAAGGGCUGCUCUUGAGCUUGAGAAGAAGACACGAGCAAGUAACCUUUAUCAUGAGCGCGGUAUGGAAAAGACUAUCGAUCACUUAAACCGUGAGAUUGUGAAACGUCAGGAAGAAUUGAUUAAUCUGGAGACCAAAGCUAGAGAAGCUGCUGAGACAGCUCCAAACCCAAGCCCUGGAUUGGCUGCAAGUAAUGGAAACACAGAUGAUAUGUAUGGAGGCCAAGGUCGGCUAUACCCUGAAGCUAAUGGUUCUCACGAGGCAAAUGGAGCAUCUGAUGGUCUCUCUCAACACCCGCCUUCUCCAUUGCAGCAUCCUCUUAAUACUCAACAUUCUAGUGUGUUGUGAUAGUGUCUUACUUACAUUUAUAGAGGUCAAAUACUCGAGUUGAGGAUAUAUUUUAAAGGUCUUAUUUAGGGAUUGUAUUUAUUAUCUUAUAUUGGAAAAUAUAAUCAAAAUAA